AUGAAACUGCUGCUGUUGUGUCUGGGGCUGACUCUGGUCUGUGCACAUGAUGAAGGAAACCAUGAUGUUGUGACAAGCAACUUUGAUAUACCAAAGAUUUCAGGGGAGUGGUAUACCAUUCUCUUGGCCUCAGAUGACAAAGAAAGGAUUGAAGAAAAUAGUGUCAUGAGGAGUUUUAUGGAAUCCAUCCAAGCCUGGGACGACUCUUCUUUGACACUGAAAUUUCAUGUAAAAGUCAAUGGAGAGUGUACUGAAAUUUCUUUGUUUUGUGACUCAACAAAAGAGAAUGGAGUAUAUAAUGUUAUCUAUGCUGGAUUCGUUACAUUUCGCAUAAUUGAAGUGGUCUAUGAUGACUAUAUUAUUUUUCAUCUCAUUAAUUUCAACAAUAAGAAUACAUUUGAGAUGCUGAUACUCUUAGCCCGAAAACCAGAUGUGAGCCCAAAACUCAAGGAAAGGUUUGAGGAACUUUGUCAAGAAUAUGGAAUUGCUGAGGAAAACAUACUGGAUGCGACCAAAGUCGAUCGCUGUCUGCAGGCCCGAGGGAGCCAUGAUGCCCAAGCCUCCAGGACUCAGGAUGCCUCCAAGGAUUUUGGCCUGAGUUACUCCAGUCAAGUGGAAGAACCAGGAGGCAUGCAACCUUUCAAGGCAGCAGCAUUAUCUCCUCUGAGACUAGACUUCCACUUCACAGCCACUACUUGCAACUGCUUCACUUUGGGUGCAGCAAUGUCUUGGAUUGUUUUGCUUCACCUGGGAGCUGGAACCUCUCAGCUGUACUUCUGGACUCCCAUGAAGGAUAAUAGACGAUUGCUGGCUGACCGCUUGGUAAGGAAGGACAGAGGACUGGAGAGUCAGCUUGAUGAGGAGAGCCUGGCCCGGGCAGAAGUCCUGGGAAGCCGCACUGACCGUGAGGACCUGCUUGGAGACAACACUGCAGAGGUCUAG